AUGUACACAUUCGAUACGAUGCACCCCAACGGUGUCGAGUCCGAAGAUAUCACAACCUUGCUUCGAAAACUGCGGCGACAGGAGGAUUAUUCUCGUUCUUCGGUCAUCGAGACAAUGUUCCAAUCUCUCAUUGUGAACAAGGAAAUCGAAAAGGAAGAAUCCAAAUUUGAUUUUAUCAUGGAUGAUGGUAUUGAAAUGAUGGCCCAAGCAAUUCUAGACCGAACAUGUUCCUCCGAACACAUUGCCCAAGGACUUCGAAUACUCUUUGCCAUUGCCGAAGAAUCCAGAUGCCAUUGGAUCAGCGUAUUCAAUGGAAUGGGAAGAGUCAAGGGUAUUUUUGAGUUUCUGGAAUUUUAUCGACUGAAUUCAACCAUUCUGAGUAAAAUCCUGUUCCUAAUGACCAAGCUGGCAGAACAUGGUAUCUUCCAUUUCAAGGCAUCCCAUGUAAUUCGAUCUAUCUGGUUCUUUGAUUUGAUUCUGGAAGGUCUCGAAGAGCAUCCUGGUUCCAUGGAUCUCUACCAGGCUUUCUGUCAAUACAUGGGAUGUUAUAAGAAGAGGUGUCCCCCACGGGAAGUUCACCAAAGAAUUGUCACGUACUUGAUGAAUGGACUAGCAUCAGCAUCCAAUAGCAAUAGCUUGGAAUGCAAAGCAAGCGGACGGUCCGUUCUGGAGAGAUUUUGUUUUGGUACCAUUUGCAGUAGGAGGAGAAGCAAGGAUUGCGCCCAAAAUCGAGUGACUUCGUUUGGAUGCCACCGACCUGCAGCAGCUGCAUGA